UACAGUACCACGGAGCCUGCAAGUGUCCUGAGCUGCUCAGAGCCGGGCGGCACAGCCCAGGGCAGACAAGGCGGCUGCGAAGAUUCCAAGGGUUCUGCUGGAAAUUCGCACGGGGGACCCCAGCAGGAGCCUGUUGCCUUUGUGUUCUAAAAGCACGCAAGGUCUGUAUAGCUUGGGCAUGAGGAUCUUUCAGAAGAUGUCAGAGCAUCAGAAUAUAUAACACCUACUGGGGAAUUGAGUUUGGGUUAAAAGAAAGAGAGAGAGAGGAAAGAAAGACAGCGGGAGAAGAAAUUCUUAGACAACGUCUGACUUGCAGCUGUGAAUUUCAUUUUCGUUCCAAGGCAAAAUAUGAGAAGCCCGCACAUGGUUGUGAUAACAACAGAUUAAAGGGAAUUCUGCAGUGAAAGGAUCAAUAGCUUAGUCAUUUUACUCAACGAGAGCAGGCAGCCUUAUUAUGGGGUUAGGCAGCAGAAAUGAAUUUCCUCAUGACAGCACCUUCUGAAGUCAUGAUGGUAGCUAAUGAUAAUCCUGUCCUGUACAGCAGAAAUUGUUUGUUGCCUACCUACUUUUGCAGUUGAAAACCAGCAAUUCUGAGAUUUGAGAGAGAAGUUGGCUUGGCUAAUACAUGGUUUCUAGCCCCUCUGCCCAGGUCUUUGUCCGACACGUCUCAGAAGGCAGCACUGCAUUAACGUGACCACACAUGAAUAUGUGCCUAAGAAAGAAGAAAAAGCAAUAUUCAUUUUUAAAGGACAGCAUGGCAAAGCAGCCUGAAGUUUUCCACUUCCCUUCUAACACUUCUUUAACAAGGAUAACAAGAAACUGUCUUUUGACUCCUCUUUUCUCACAUUCCAGAGUCCUUCCUGCGAGGAUGCAUUAAUUGACACUGUAGGAAGUUGGAUUUUACCAGGACAUUAUUAGCCACCAUUGAGGAUUAGUGAUUGAACUGGUUAUUUUAGUGUUCUGCCUACAUAGUGGAACCUAAUGGAUGGACCCAUCCCUGCAGUGCUCUGUGAUAUUUCUUUCUUCAAAUCCUGGAAGGGCUUUUGUUGUUGCUCUUUGUUUUUUGGGGGGGAUUUCUUUGGAAUUUAAUACUUGUUGCAAUAAUUGCCCAUGAUAGCUGCUCAAAACAGGAGAGUUGGAAUUCUUCUCUGAAGGCCACUCAUGAAACAUAUGAGACAAGGAAAAUAUUAAUGACAGAAGAUCUGCAAGUAUGAUGCACGUGAAUAAUUUCCCCUUUAGAAGGCAUUCCUGGAUAUGUUUCGAUGUGGACAAUGGCACAUCUUCGGGACGGAGUCCCUUGGAUCCCAUGACCAGCCCAGGAUCUGGGCUAAUUCUUCAAGCAAACUUUGUUCAUAGUCAACGUCGAGAGUCCUUUCUCUAUCGGUCUGACAGCGAUUAUGACCUCUCUCCAAAGUCUAUGUCCCGAAACUCCUCCAUUGCUAGUGAUAUACAUGGAGAUGACUUGAUUGUGACUCCGUUUGCUCAGGUCUUGGCCAGUCUGCGAACUGUAAGAAACAACUUUGCUGCAUUAACAAAUUUGCAAGACCGAGCACCCAGCAAACGAUCACCCAUGUGCAACCAACCAUCCAUCAACAAAGCCACCAUAACAGAGGAGGCCUACCAGAAACUGGCCAGCGAGACCCUGGAGGAGCUGGACUGGUGUCUGGACCAGCUAGAGACCCUGCAGACCAGGCACUCCGUCAGCGAGAUGGCCUCCAACAAGUUUAAAAGGAUGCUUAAUCGGGAGCUCACCCAUCUCUCUGAAAUGAGUCGAUCUGGAAAUCAGGUGUCAGAAUAUAUCUCAAGCACAUUCUUAGAUAAGCAACAUGAAGUGGAAAUUCCCUCUCCUACUCAAAAGGAGAAGGAAAAAAAGAAAAGGCCAAUGUCUCAGAUCAGCGGGGUGAAGAAGUUGAUGCACAGCUCAAGCUUGACUAAUUCAAGUAUCCCAAGGUUUGGGGUUAAAACGGAACAAGAAGAUGUGCUUGCGAAGGAACUAGAAGAUGUGAACAAAUGGGGUCUUCAUGUUUUCAGAAUAGCAGAGUUGUCUGGUAACCGACCUUUGACUGUUAUCAUGCACACCAUUUUUCAGGAACGGGAUUUAUUAAAAACAUUUAAAAUUCCAGUAGACACUUUAAUCACAUACCUGAUGACCUUGGAAGACCAUUACCAUGCAGAUGUAGCCUACCACAACAAUAUCCACGCUGCAGAUGUAGUCCAGUCAACACAUGUGCUGUUGUCUACACCUGCUUUGGAGGCUGUGUUUACAGAUUUAGAAAUUCUGGCAGCAAUUUUUGCCAGUGCAAUACACGACGUAGAUCAUCCUGGUGUGUCAAAUCAGUUUCUGAUCAAUACAAACUCUGAACUUGCCUUGAUGUACAAUGAUUCUUCUGUCUUGGAAAACCAUCAUUUGGCUGUGGGCUUUAAGUUGCUUCAGGAAGAAAACUGUGACAUUUUCCAGAAUUUGACCAAAAAGCAAAGACAAUCAUUGAGGAAAAUGGUCAUUGAUAUCGUUCUUGCAACAGACAUGUCAAAACACAUGAAUCUACUGGCUGAUUUGAAAACUAUGGUUGAAACUAAGAAAGUGACAAGUUCUGGAGUUCUUCUUCUUGAUAAUUAUUCUGAUAGGAUUCAGGUCCUUCAGAAUAUGGUGCAUUGUGCAGACCUGAGCAACCCAACCAAGCCGCUCCAGCUGUACCGUCAGUGGACUGACCGCAUAAUGGAGGAAUUCUUCCGCCAGGGAGACAGAGAGCGGGAGCGGGGCAUGGAGAUAAGUCCCAUGUGUGACAAGCACAACGCCUCUGUGGAAAAAUCACAGGUGGGCUUCAUAGACUAUAUUGUUCACCCUCUCUGGGAGACAUGGGCAGACCUAGUACAUCCUGAUGCCCAGGACAUUUUGGACACUUUGGAGGACAAUCGUGAGUGGUAUCAGAGCACAAUUCCUCAGAGCCCCUCUCCAGCGCCUGAUGACCCGGAGGAGGGCCGGCAGGGCCAGACGGAUAAGUUCCAGUUUGAACUGACUUUAGAGGAAGAUGGUGAGUCAGACACCGAAAAAGACUGUGGAAGUCAGGUGGAGGAAGACACCAGCUGCAGUGACUCCAAGACUCUCUGUACUCAAGACUCGGAGUCGACUGAGAUUCCUCUUGACGAACAGGUGGAAGAGGAGGCAGUUGGGGAGGAGGAGGAAUGCCAUCCUGAAGCCAGUGUCGUAGAAGAUCAUUCUCCUGACACGUAACAGUACAAAGUCAUUCACCUCCCCCAACCCCUGCCCCCUUUUUUUUAAGUAGAAAAAUUGUUUCCAAAGUGCAUGUCACAUGCCACAACCGUAGUCACACCUCACUGUCAUCUGCCAGGACGUUUGUUGAACAAAACUGACCUUGACUACUCAGUCUGGCGCUCAGGAAUAUCGUAACCUGUUUUUCACCUCCACGUCAUCGGAGUGAAGGGGAUAUCUUCAUGAACAGCAUUUGAACUUGAUUGCAGCUCAGUAGAGCUGACAUAGCAGAGAAAUCAACUCCCAAAGGUUUUCCAGCGAGAGUGGCUCAUCCAGCAGCUCAAAAAGUGAUAGGAUUUGGGAUUUCUCUUCUUUCUAUUUGUUUGCGAUAUUUCCAACAUAAAGAAGGCAUUAUGCAGAUUGAAGUAAGGGAUGAAACAGCAGAUGGGUCAGGAACAGGACAAGGGUGAAACUGUUACCAGGAGGAAGAUGAGCCACAGAAAUUGCAUAAUUUUCUAAUUUCAAGUCUUCCUGAUACAUGACUGAAUAGUGUGGUUCAGUGAGCCAACACUGACCUCUACAUUUUGUAUGAUAUGUGAAACAGAUUUUUUGUAGAGCUUACUUUUAUUAUUAAAUGUAUUGAGGUAUUAUAUUUAAAAAACUAUGUUCAGAACUUCAUCUGCCACUGGUUAUUUUUUUCUAAGGAGUAACUUGCAAGUUUUCAGUACAAACCUGUGCUACACUGGAUAAAUCUAAUUUAUGAAUUUUACUUGCACCUAAGAGUUCAUAGCAAUUAACUGAUUUGUAGUGAUUCAUUGUUUUAUAUACCAAUGACUUCCACAUUUUAAAACAAAAAACUUAUGUUGCAGGAAACCCUUUUUUGUAGGACUUCGUUUACUUUGCUUUUUAUUUGACUCUUCAGAUAUGCAGAGUUGCUCUCCACUCACAUUUCUCUUCAUGGUGUGCAAAGUGAACAUUUGUUUCGUAAUAGUUCAGUGUGUGUUCUGUCUAAUGUGUCUUAAAACCUAAUGGACACUCAAUCAUCAGUUGGUGUUGUCUGAAGCAAGUGAGAGAUAUAUAAAUACCCAAUAGCUAGAAUGGUCAGUCUUUUUUAGAUCUUUUCCUACCUAGUGUCUUCUGAUAACUUUUUGCUGUGUCUAUAGAUCCUCAUCUCACAAAUGCAUGUCUUUGUAAUAACCCGCACAUUUCAGCUCAUUUUCAUGGGUUUUUGCAGUCAGUUACAGUAAGGAUAACUUUUUCCCCGUUGUGCUGCUUUAUUAUUUUAGUGUUUGAGCCUCUGUCCACAUUCUCUAGAUGGGGUCUUAUCAAAUAUAUCACCACCAUUCUGAUUGUUGAAGAAACAGGUAGUCAAAUUAGGGUUAGCAUUCAUUUUUACCAUGAAAUCAUAUAUAAAAUGACUACCUUUUUACUCUUGGUUUACAAAGAAAAGUUAACUAGCUAGCUAGGCAGUUUCUGAAAAUAUUGGCAGAAUAUAUUAACAAAAACACCAAUACCGUUCUUUUUUGUUUCUGUGACUUCACUAUGAGAUUAAGAUCUUUGUAAGGAAUACUCGAGAAGUGUUAUUAAGAGUAGCAACUAAUCUUUCUUAAUGGAUAGCCACAUUCACAGAACUGUACUAUCAGUUCUCAUUGGUCCAUAGCAUGUCUUACAAAGGAGAAUUUCUUUAAAUUUCUUUAAAUACAAUGAGAGGAAGAAGUUGAUGAUGCCACUUGUACCAGAGGUUUUGGUAAUAUAAUGUCCUAGGACACCAGAUUGAGUCAAGAUUCUGUUUAAAUACAGAUCACCUAGGCCUGGAGAUGUAGCUCACACAUGCUGUCACGCUCUCUUCCUUACCUCAUUGCUAUGCUACCACCUUUUCCUCUCUCUCUCUCUCUCUCUCUCUCUCUCUCUCUCUCUCUCUCUCUCUCUCUCUCUCUCACACACACACACACACAGACACACACAGAAAAAUUGCAGCUCAUUUUUGGUUAAAUUUAGCACCAAGAAUAGAAUUUAUAAUUCUAGAUACUCAUUCCUAGUAUUUACCUUCAGUUGUAAUCUUGAGGUGUUGUAUUAAUUCGGUGUUUAUUCCCAUCCAACUCUUAAAAUUAAUGUCUCUUUUAUGAGGAGUCUGAACUCCACAUGGUCAUUAUUCAUAUACUGUCCAUGAAUCGAAAUGCAGACUACAGAACGGGGAUAUAUCAGCACAUGGAAAAUAUAAACAAAAAGAAUUGUAACCCUGAAAAAUAUUUAUAAUCAGGCUAUCUCAUAGAAAUAGCCCUAAGGGUAAGUUCCUAUUUUAAUCCUCUGAGAUCUGCUAAUGUUUAAAACCUUUGGUAAAAUUAUGUUAUCACUGGUCUUGUUCCUAGAACAGGAUAGUAAUCAACUAAAACAGAUUUUCUCCUGUAAAAAUCAGUACUUUUUAAGGCUGGAGUGAUACCACAGCGGGUAAGGCUUUUGCCUUGCUCCUGGCCAACCCGGGUUCGAGUCCCAGCAUCCCAUAUAGUCCCCUGAGCACUUUCAGGAGUAAUUCCUGAGUGCAAAGUCAGGAGUAACCCUUGAGCAUCGCGGAGUGUGACCCAAAAAGGAAAAAUAAUCAGUACUUUUUAAAAUUAAGGCCAGGUGGUUUCACAAGAAUACUUGGAAACUUAUUUGUUUUGAUUGUAUUUGUCUCUGGUGGAGGUCUAGAAGAAACAACAAAGAAUCUAAGGUUUAUUCCUUUUCCAAAAUACUGUCAUUCUCUCCUAUCUCUGACACUUGGCAUUUCCCACAUAGAGUGCCUAGAAUCUUAAUAUAAACAAUUAAAAGCAAUAUGUCACAAAUGCAGGACUGAUAUGGUUUAUAACUACACUAAAAAGGUUUUUUUUUUUUCCCCUUCCCCUCCGUUUUGGUUUUUAAUGGUAACGUGUUAUGAAGAUUCUCACUAAUGGACAAUCAAAUUGUAGUAAAGUCAUAAUAUUCUAGAGACAGGGACUGAUGCACUGUACAAUCCACUUAAGACACCCACCCACUUCCCUCCCUCUCUUUCUCCCAUCUCUCGCCAAAGUGUGCUUCACAAUUAAUACAGUGUUUCAAGAACAUCCUCUUUACAGUGUCUUUACAUUUCUUAAAAUGCCAUAAGAAAAUGCAAUAUCUGGGUACUGUAUGUGGGGGGAAAAAAAGUCCAAGUUUGCAUAAAACCAGUACAUCUAGCUUGCAAGUUACUAACACAAUAAUGCUAUUUUAAUUUUCUUUUCUUUUACAUCACUUCAUGUUCACAAGAAAAUAAUGUAGAUAGAACAAAUCACAGACAAGGAAAAAAACUUGAAUGAAAUGGGUUUUACAGAAAGCUUUAUGAUAAUUUUUGAGUGCAUUAUUUAUUUUUUGUGCCAUGCAUUUCUUUUCUCACCAAAUGACCUUACCUAUAAUACAGUCUUGUUUGUCUGUUUACAACCAUGUAUUUAUUGUAAUGUACAUAUUGUAAUGUUAAUUGUAAAUUAUAAGUUCUUAUUAAAACAUCCCAUAAGGGGAUGGUGUUGAUAUAUUUGGGAACUCUUGGUGAGAGAAUGAAUGGUGUGUAUACAUACUCCUUGUAUAUUUUAUUUUCUCCUGUAAUAUAGUCUUGUCACCUUAGAGCUUGUUUAUGGGAGAUUCAAGAAAACUAUAAAAUACGUAAAGAUAUAUAAAUUUAAAAAACAUAGCUGCAGGUCUUUGGUCCCAGGGCUGUGCCUUAACUUUAACCAAUAUUUUCUGUUUUGCUGCAUUUGAAAGCAAGAUAACAGUGGGGUUAGGGCUGGGCAUUUUACCUCUGAGCUUUGACUUGUUUGGAUUUUAUAGAACUACAGACAACCUUGGGAAGAUCCCAAGACUGAGCUCUUGGGUAUGCUUCUUGGAAAGGAACGUUGCAUAUAUAAUGAUGUUUCCCCAUCUGUGAUCAGGAACCACUUCAGUUUACUUACAUUUGAUUUUUAUUCACUGUCAAACACUACCGGGAAAAUAGAUUAUUGAUUGGUGAUUAUAAAAAAAUCCUUUUGGCUACUAGAGCCAGAGAUCACCUGUGUGGUUGGGUCCUUUGUUCAUCAGCCCCCUGACCUGUGAAAGAAAAGCUCAUUCACACAGGCAUGGUUCUUCAUCAAGAAUCAGUCAAUCCUCUUGGACAUAAAUCCAUAUUUUUAAAUACAAGGUUAUGUUUAAUGCUAAUUUACAUAACAAAAUUUCCAUUUUUCAGAAUUUGUUUCUGCAAAGUUUUUAUCAGUUUAGAAUUUUAAAAAUUUAAGCUUGUAGAAUCAACAGAUCUCCAAAACUGAAAAUUUCCCAGUGGGUGUUAUGGAUCCUCCCACUGCUGCCCAGCCCUUCAAAUACAGAGUGGAGGGAGAGAGCCUUUUUCUAGGUAAAAUGAGCCUCUUAUUAUUUUGGGGUUUUUUGUUUGUUUGUUUGUUUGUUUGACACAAACUGUAGAUUUAAGCAGCCCUGGCCCAAAGGAAUUUGAUUACUUUUGUUUUAAACAGUACAAAGGGGACACUAAUUACAAACAUCCUUACCGAUUUUAGUUUUUAAAUUUAUUUCUUUGGAACUGUUUUCAGAGUGGUAAAUUGUGUGUAAGCAUAACAAAUGAUUCUUUUAGUGGUUUCUUAGCCUCUUACAGCCCAUGGGGAUAGUACUGUACAUCAAUACCUUCAUAUGAAAUUUUUAUAUGCAAUGAAAAUAAAAGCAUGGGUUGAUUCUGCCUA